AUGGCCGACGAGCUGUCUGCGCUUGGGGGUCGGCGACGGGGCCCGCUAGCCAAGAAGAAGGGGGGCCCUCAAGGGCAGAAGAAGGGGGAUGAGACUAGCAAGGCAGCCGAUGAUGCCGCCAAGAAGGGCAAGCGCCAGCUGCCCGUCAGAGAACCCGCCCACGACGAGCAAGCCAUGUUUGAUUCGCUUGUUGGCAAGCCGGAGCGGAAGAAUGACCUGGGCGCCUUCUCGUCACUGCUGCGCUCCUCCCGCACCUCUGGCGGCGGUGGCACCGGCUACAACACGCGUCCCCGCAGCAGCCGCGUCAGCGAUCACGACCUCAUCUCCACCAUGGCAGCCCGACUGCGCAGCCUUGAGCGCCAGCUUCACCUCGCAAACCAAGCCUGCUCCGAAAAGGACAAGACGGUUGGAUCGCUGCGGCGCAAGAUCAAGCAGCUGCAGGCGGAGAAAGCGCUCUCUGACGGCAUGGCUGCUGAUGCCCGUGCCGUCACACAAGAGCUCAGCAGGCUGCAGCGCCAAGUGCAUGAGAUGGAGACCUUCCUUGCAGACUACGGCCUGGUGUGGGUUGGUGCCGGCAGCGACGAGGACGAGGACUAUGAGGGCGAGGAGGAGAUGGACAGUGGUGGUGUCAGCCCCAAAGCACCAACACCAACGCGGCCGCAACCGCCGUCGGACACCAAGGACGCAACCACGCAGCCAACAGCACCAGACACGAGCAUGGCGCAGCCCUCUGCCGAGUUCAAGGUCGACUUUGAUCAGGUUGUGCGCAACGUGGAUGAGCUGAACCUCCUCGCUGGCGACGGCGCAGCGAAGAUUGAGCGUGACGGCGACACCAAUAUGGCGCGACUCAAGCACACCCAGCGCGUGCCGCUCACCCUCUACAGCAACGGCUUUCUCCUAUUCGAGGGCCCGUUUCGCUCGUAUGACGACGGCACAGCCCAGAUGUUCAUGCGGGACCUGAUGGACGGGUAUUUCCCCUGGGAGCUGAAAGACCGUUUCCCUGAGGGCUGCCCCUUUGACCUCGUCGACAAGCGGACAGUCGAGUACAAGCGGCCCGUCAUUCGCGGGUUCCCUGGCGUUGGGAUGGUGCUUGGCGGGAAGCAGGACCACUCCCGUCUGAUCGACGAACCGAAAACGCAGCUGGUGCGCGAUGAGGCGAAACCAGAGGCAGUCCAUGUUGGCAGCCAGGACGAUAAGGCCCCAGGGCGCGCGGGCGGAACGGAGCAGCUGCUGUCACGGUUGCCGCCAGCAGUUGUUGUGAACGGCGUCGUGGUCGACAUUCGCGGGGCCGUGCAGUCCCAUAUUGGAGCAGCCGACAGCACCAAGAAGCCGGGCCAGCGCGGGGGCGUUGAGCUGGUUGGAACGCCUGUUGCCACGCUUCUGCGGCAACACGCGGACGCAAUCACCAACGGCACAGCGCCGCCAGCCGAACGCCCGCACACGCCGCUCGACAUUGCAACCAUACAGGUGCGUCUGGUUGGAAGUGCUCGGCGCCUGAUGCUGAAGAUGCGUUAUCGAGACACCGUUGCUGACGUGCGCCGGCAGAUCUCAAAGCACGACCCUUCGUUGACGAACUUCCGCCUCGUUCGCGCAUACCCGAAGCUGUUUGGAAACACAUGCUACUGCAACUCCGUGUUGCAAGCACUCUACUUCUGCAAGCCCUUUAGACAUCAUGUACUCCAGUACAGGGACAGUGGGUUCACUGCGGAUGAUGGAGGCAAGGACGGCAGCCGGCUGCUAUCUGAGCUGGCGGCCCUCUUCCACAGCAUUGCGCACGGAAAGAAGAAGACCGGCACCAUAUCACCAAAGCGGUUUUACCAGCAACUCAAGGCAGAGAACGAGCUGUUUCGGUCCAACAUGCAGCAAGAUGCACAGGAACUGCUCAACUUCCUUCUCAACACAAUUGCGGAAUGCGUGCAGCGACAAGAGACGGUGGUGGUCAAAGCGCGCAGCAGCAAAGGGCGGCGUGGGUCGUCCAGUCCAGCGUCCACCAUCUCCUCCGGCACCACCCGUAGCGCCGUGUCGGCAACGUCGUCGUCGUCGUCGUCGUCACAGGAGAACAAGACAUGGGUGCACGAUAUCUUUGAGGGCGUGCUGUCCAGCGAAACGCGGUGUCUAUCGUGCGAAACGGUUCGCACGCGUGACGAGUGUUUCCUUGAUCUCUCGCUCGACAUUGAUCGCGAUUGCUCCAUCAGCAGCUGUCUCAGGAGUUUCUCCAACACGGAGACGCUGAGUGCGGACUCAAAAUACUUUUGCGAAACAUGCUGCAGCAAACAGGAGGCACAGAAACGAAUGCGCGUGAAACGGAUGCCAAACGUGCUGGCCAUUCACCUGAAACGUUUCAAAUACGUGGAGCGCAUGCAACAGUUUACAAAACUCGACCAUCGCGUUGUGUUUCCGAAAGAGCUCAGACUCUUCAAUGCGACGGAGGCAGCAGAGGAGGAGGACCGCAUUUACGAUUUGUUUGCGUUUGUGGUUCACAUUGGGUCACGCCCAUCGCGUGGCCAUUACAUCACCAUUGUUCGCUCCAACGGAAACUGGGUCCUCUUUGACGAUGACAUUGUUGAUGUGAUGACGGACGAUGAACUUCAGCUGUUCUUCGGGCGAACGGCGACACAGUGCUCCUACGGGCAGACGCACCCGUUGGAGACGGCGUACAUUCUGUUCUACGAGACGCGCGGACUGGAGUGUGGACAGGCACUGCCACCAACAGCGCUCCUGCGCAGACACACACACAACGCAACCCCGACCAGCGCGGAUGGCGAUGGUGGCGGUGGCGGUGGCGGUGGCGGUGGCAAGCGGAAAGGGAGGAGGCGACUGCUCUCUGCAACACCGAGUGCCAUGAGCGAGAGCGGAACAGCUGCAUCGGCGCCUCCAUCGCCGCGAAAGGGCAGCACUGUCCGCUCAUAG